AUGAACCUUUUCUUCGUCUACGUUUCUCUAGGUUUUCAACUCUCACUGCUCACUUCGCUGCUCUUCAGGACUGUGAAUGCGCAGUGCUACUGGCCCGAUGGCACACCCGACAGCGCACCCAGAGCUGACUAUGUAGCUUGCAACGGAGGUUCGUCGGAUGGCUUCUCUGCCUGCUGCAAUGUCAACGAUACCUGCACCACCAAUGGCUUCUGCAAAUACAAUGGAUUGAAAGAUACGAAUUUUCUUUGGAGGAACGCCUGUUCCGACCCCACAUGGAAGUCGCCGAACUGCGCGCAACGCUGCACGAUCGAUCCUAAAACCGGCAAACCGUAUAAUAAAAGUCGCUUGGUACAGGCUUGCUCUCAGACCACGUACUGCUGCUUUCCCGAUGUCGACUUCAGCAUAGGAUACAUCUUCAGGGAUAACUUCGCUGGGAUCUCAUGCUGCGAUGACCCAAGCCAGAUCUUCGAUGAUGGACCAGCAGACUUCCUUUCCGGAAUUAGAUAUUUUACCACGUCGUUGUUUCCCGUAACGAUGACGACAAGCACGAAAACACAGAUGGCCCCAUCAAGCACAUCAACUACACCCACAACUUCGUCUGCCAGUACAUCGAUAAUCUCCAGCACACCGCCGCCGUCUGGCGCAUAUACUGUGACCAGCGUCAGAUUGGCUCCGUCUGGCGAGUCAGAUGCAUCUGGCGGAUCGGCAACGUAUGCCAACCCAGCACAGUCUUCAGAUCUCUCACUCGGCGCAAAAGCGGGCAUUGGAAUCGGCGCCGCAUUCGUCGCUGUGUUCGCCAUCGCAGUAGCUGCCUGGCUGAUCAUGAAAUCUCGGCAACAUCAACAAAUGACCCGCCGACCAAUCAUAUCGCCGCCCUAUCCGAUUGAAGCAGACAAAAUGGACUGGCAGACAGCCGCCGCAUUCGGUUUUGCUUUCCAGACAGUCGAACUACCGUCAGAAGGACGAAUGGAAUUGCCGACGAAUGGUCUGACAGAACUGCCUUCGAAGCAUUACCCGAUGUGGAGCGAGUUGCCGUCCAAAUACUGUGCAAGUCCCAAGGAACUACCCUGA